AGAAUCUGGUGAUUUCCAAAUGUAUUACAAUAAACUGAUGGAUUUAGUCAUGGUAUUAGUUAAGAAGAAACCGGAUAAAAACGGCAAGAAAAUAGUCUCUGAAAUCGGAUAUUAUUUUUUUAAAGUUGAUGAAGACGACAAUGGUAUUCUAAAACAAAACCGAAUUCCUAUUUUACAAAAAUAUUUUUUAGUAUAUUUUUCUCAAAAAGGUGAGCAUGCAGGUCAUACUCUCUACCUACAAUACGAAACGAUCUUAGUGCUAAGAUAUCUUAGAAACAGUGUAAGAAUUCAAAACCCUAGGAUAUCCCAGAAACAGUGUAAGAAUUCAAAACCUCUAGGAGAUCCUGGAAAAGCCCUAGAAUAUCACAGAAACAGUGACAAUGCUGAAUUGUUUCCGAUGACUUGUAAAAGAAUGAUGGAGUUAUUGAAAUCAUCACCACCUCAACAAUUUCUAGAUGUUAUAUUAAUCGAUGCCUUGGUCUCAGAAAUUCUCGUCAAAUGUAUGAAUAAGAAUCAAGGAAAGAAAUUAACCAGUGAUGAUAGAACAGUUUUAAUAGAUUUAAUGAUGAGUGUAAUAGAUAAAGAUAUUCUCAACCCGUUUACUCGACAACCAGGCAGUGUUUUUUACUUUACAAUGGUUAUUCUAACUUAUAAACUCAGAGAUCUG